CAGCAGCAGCAGCCUCAUUCUCCUCUUAUCCAUCAUAAUCCAAGAAUCUCAUCAGAGUGCCAACGAGCGACGACUGCUCAAGCAUCUACUGGAGGACUACCAGCCGCUGGAGCGACCCGUCGUGAACGAGAGCGAGCCCGUGCGAGUAUCGUUCGGCAUAGACCUGCAACAGAUCAUCGACGUGGACGAAAAGAAUCAGAUAAUGCUGGCCAAUAUCUGGCUACAGAUGGAUGAAAAGAAUCAAAUAUUAACGGCUAAUGUGUGGUUGAAUUUUGACUGGAACGACGCAAAUCUAAGAUGGCCGCCGGAAGAAUAUGGCGGAAUCAUGGAUUUGCGUAUCCCUCCACACCGGAUAUGGAAGCCGGAUGUGCUACUAUAUAACAGCGCCGACGAGCGAUUCGACAGCACAUAUCCGACGAACGUCGUCGUCUCGCACGACGGAAACUGCUCGUACUUGCCUCCGGGCAUCUUCAAGAGCACGUGCAAGAUCAACAUCGCCUGGUUCCCGUUCGACGAGCAGCGAUGCAAGAUGAAGUUUGGCUCGUGGACGUACAACGGCUUCCACCUGGAACUGUUCGAGAAGGAUUCGGAAGGAAGCACGAAGGAGUUCGUCGAGAACGGAGAAUGGAAACUGCUAGGAUCUCGGCAUCCCCUCCAGGCCACAUAUUCAUCGUCUUCGCUCCUCUGGACGCCACCUCCGUCCGGAUACUCAUACCCGGGCACGGGCCGCCUUGCCUCAUACCUAGAUGGGGCGGAUGACAUCAAACCAGCAUCAAACCUCAAACUCGUUCUGAUCAAGAGUAAGAAUCUCGAACGUCCGUGGGUCAGGAACUGCGAGCGCCCCUAUGCGUCGCCCGAAACGAGCGGCUGGCGAGAGACUUGUCAUCCUGUCCCCUCACGGAGCUCCGGAUGCCCAGAGAUGCGCAGGACCAUAGCGGAAAACCACACGUCUGAGAACCAGCCCAGCCUUAGCUACACCGCUACCAAGCGCUUAAGUGUGACCAUUCUGCUGUCUCUUAUGAUGUUCCUCAUGCUUGUAAAUAAAACUAUGCCGGCGACAUCUGACGCCGUACCGAUCAUAGGUGUGACCAUAUUGCUGGCCCUUAUGGUGUUUCUGCUUAUGAUUGCCGAAACCAUACCGGCGACAUCUGACGCCGUGCCAAUAAUAGGGACGUACUUCGCCUGCACGAUGUUCAUGUGCGCCAUGUCGGUGUGCUGCUCGGUGCUGGUGCUCAACUUCCAUCAUCGCAGGGCCGAGAUGUAUCGAAUGUCGCCCCUCGUGAGUAUGAGGAAAUAG